AUGAAUCUUUUACGUCGUCCCCUUCGUCCUCGCCUUCGUCCAUUAUUAUUGAGUGAGAUAACAGUAAAUGGACGAGCAGAAUCUUUAUCACCACUUUCAUCAGUAUCAAGUUCACCAACUAGUUCAAUCCCAUCAUCACGACGGUCAAGUUAUGCUCGUUCACCACGUUAUUUACCACCAUUGAAUGAGGAACAUAAUCAAUCUCAAAAAGAACAAAAUUUAAGUAACGAUCAAUUAAUUGUAGCAACAAAGGAUGAUGGACAAAAAGAGGAAGCGGCGGAUGAUGACGAUGACGAUGAUGAUGAUGAAGACGAAGAAAACGAACAAGGAAGAUUUAUACGUGAAAAAAAACCAAGACAACUAUUUACACCACUUAAACCACGUGAAUAUUCACAAUUUAGUGGUUCACGUCGUUCAGUAUCAACAACAACGAAAGCACGAACACUUCUUCGAACACCUAAACAUAAAGGACCACCAGGUUUACCAGCUAGACGAACACGUACAUUUUGUGAUAUAAAAUCACAUUAUACAAAUAUAUCAGAUGAUGAUGCAUAUAAUAUGGUUAAUCGAUUUACUUUUAAUGAUUUUAUUCUUCAUGCAACAACAUCAGAUUCUCAUCCGUACGAAGAAACUACAGUAGAAAAGGCUUUCCUAUCGAAAUAUACAUAUAAACAAAUAUGUGAAAUGAUUGCUGAACGUGUUUGGGCAGAACGAGGAGAAAGUGGAAAAAUUCAUGUACAAACAUUAGUACCUGAUAUUGAACCAUUUCAAAAUCGAAUACCAAUGCAUCAAAUUGUAGCUGAAAUGGCUCUUGUUCUUCGACAGCAUAUGUCACAAAUUUUAGGUUCUCAAUUCAGAAUGAAUAUAAGAACAUUACCAAGUUGGCGUCAAAAAGAAGGUGCACACACGGAAAUUCUUCUCUAUGAAGCACAAAAUGAAGAAAAAACACCGAAUACGCCAAAAGAAAAUAACAGUUCAUUUGAAGAUAGACGUGACACAGGCGCUCAAAUUGCUGUUCUUGAUAGUUUAAUUAAAAAUGGUACACAUUUAGAUCUACGUGCCUUUACACUUGAAUAUUUACCGGAUAUUUCAUUAAUGUUCACAACAUUAGUUGCUCUUGAUCUUUCAUAUAAUUGCUUACAAACUGUACCAUUAGAAUUAUUUGAAUGUAUGAAACUUGAACAUCUUUAUUUACGUCAUAAUCCAAUCUUAUCAAUCUCAUCUGGAAUGAAUAAUCUCGAAACACUUGUUUUUCUCGAUAUGUCGUUUUGUGAACUACGUGGUUCUUUACCUGAAAGUUUAUUUGGUUUAAUUAAUCUUCGUCAUUUGGAUAUAUCAUACAAUCGUGUAACAGAAAUUCCAAGUGAAAUAGCCAAUUUAAAAAAUCUUCGACAAUUACUUUGUGAUGGAAAUGAAAUAACUUAUUUUCCAUCGAGUAUGAUUGGUAUGACUAAUCUUCGAUUAGUUACAGCAAAAAAUACAUGGCUUUUACCACAAUUCGCUAAAAACGAAAAUUCAACGAAACCUCAAAAAUUACUUGAAUUACUUACUGUUCAUUUAAGUAAGUAUCAAUGGGAAGAUUUCCUACAUAAAAUUCCUGAUUCAUCAAAAUUAUUAUUAUCCAAUGCUCAAUUCUGUGAUUCUUGUUCGAACUUACGCGUUUCCAAUGGUUUUAGUAAAAUAAUCAUAUGUGAAAAUUUAUUUGGUAUUAAAUCUUUACCAAUACUUUUUGUCAGUUGUACACCCGAAUGUAUACAAAAAUUUCUUUCUGAUCAAAUUCAUAGUAUAACAAAUCCGUCCAAAGAUACAUAUAUUAUUAAUGAUCAAUUCAUUUCUAAGCUUAAAUCAUGUCAAAUGUAA